ACUUCAUAAUAGGUUGUUUUUUGACUACUUUACCCCACAAAAUUUGAUUUCCCCCAAAUUUGAUCGUCAUCCCCUCAAUCCAGCCCUAACUCUCUCUCUCUCUAUCUCGCACGCCUCUCUGCGAUCGACCUCGGAGGAGUGGCCGCCAUUACCGGCCUCGAAAAUUACCUCUGUUACAUACAUCACUCCAUUUCUUACCCAAAUCAUACACAUCUUUUCAGAAUUAAAAAAUCUCUAUCGACUCACAGCAUUAGCAUCUGCUCUGUUAAUUUUGGUUGUUGUUUCCUCACACAUGGAUGUCUUGAAUUUCAGCAGCUCACCACGGCACAACUUAGACCGAGAUUUGUGUGUCUGAAAGUGAAGUAACGUCGAUCCUGUUCUCACAGUCGACAAGAAUCCUGAAUCCGCCCUGCUAAAUGCCGACUUCAUGGGACUUUACUGUGGGUGUAUCAUUUAGCUGUUACCCAAGCAAUUUCUAAAGCAUUUUUUCCAAUAUUAACACAUAAGAUGAGAUCCCCUUCGCAUAAUUCCGCACGGCUGUGCAUGUUACUCGAAGACAUUAUGCUCAUUUACCACACUGAAACGUACUUCAUCAUUCAUCGAUAUGCGAGCGCACGGACUCGAAGAGCGAAACGUGUAAUUUUAGAGCAUGCAAGACGGUAUAGCGUGCUUAAUAAAAUACCUGCACAAUUGGAACACCUAUCCCGACUAGUCGAUGUAACCGACGCAGAUUGUCUUGCUAAUCUACGUAUGGAUCGUAAUACAUUUGGGAGAUUAUGUCGAGUUCUAGUUGAAAGAGGAGGGUUGCGGACUGGUCAAUGCCUCGGAGUGGAAGAACAAGUGGCUAUAUUCGUCGGAGUACUUGCACAUCAUACCAAGAAUCGGGUGGUGCGUUUUAACUUCCAGAGGUCAGGUGCAACAGUGUCUUAUUAUGUUAACAAGGUGCUUGGAGCAGUACUUAACCUACAUCCGGUUCUUCUGCGGAAACCGACACCUGUGUCAGAUCAGUGUGACGACUACCGUUGGAAAUGGUUCAAAGGCUGUUUAGGGGCAUUAGAUGGUACACACAUCAACGUCUUGGUGAGUAAUUCUGACAAACCACGUUACAGGACACGGAAAGGGCAAAUAGCGACUAACACACUAGCUGUAUGCGAUCGUAACAUGCAAUUUGUAUACAUCUUGCCCGGGUGGGAGGGGUCAGCGGGUGACUCACGUGUGCUACGGGAUGCUGUGUCUCGGCCGACCGGAUUAAAGGUUCCUCAAGGUUGUUACUACUUGUGCGAUAACGGUUAUGCCAAUAGUAAUGGAUUUUUAACACCUUACAAAGGGGUUAGGUACCACCUACGGGAGUGGGGCCCAGGUACAGCGUGUCCACAAAACCCUCGAGAACUCUUUAAUAUGCGCCACACGAGAGCUAGGAAUAUUAUUGAGCGAGCGUUUGCAGUGUUAAAAAUGCGAUGGGGUAUCCUACGAAGUGCAUCCUUUUACCCAAUAAAAACACAGAUACGCCUUAUAAUGGCUUGCUUCUUACUACAUAACUUCAUCCGACGGGAGAUGGAAGUGGAUCCUGUAGAAGUUGAGCUCGACUUAGACGGACCCUCGGACAGGGAGUCAACAACUGAGCCGGGCAUAUAUUUCAUUGACGUUGGGCCGGAUGGAAAGCUACGUACGAGACUAGAGAGUGGCCGGGUACUACCUAAGGAUCAUCCAAUGAAUGAGUCUAAUGUGAAGAAAUUUGACCGGGCAUCGAACGCAAGCUCCAACGGUUCCAACUCACCACUAGGGCGGUGGCCACACCUUCAUAAAUGAAGGCAUGAAUUGUAUGGUGAUGCACAAAUCUGAUUUCCACCCACGGGCCACAAGUUCUACCAACGAUGCAGCCAGAAUUUCUUCUUCGCGUGCAAUCCAAAUCCUGCGAGAUCGGUCGCCCUUGCGGAAUUUUUUUCGACCUGAUACAUUGUUGUCUUGACGAAGAAAAGGACAUACAAACAAAAUUUCAUUACAGCAUGGAUGACACACACAAAGCUCAUCAAACAGCAAAUAUUCUUUGAAUAAAAAAAAACCUUCACUUGUGCCUCCUCUAA